AAUUAAUUUUUAACAUUUUAAUCAGUUCCAUAUAAAACGUCAAUCGUAAGAAUAUUAAGUACCAGUAAACGUUCGGUCUUUUGGUAAUCAUGUUGAGAGUACUGUGCCUGAUAAUAUGUGCUACAGUUAGUGAGGUUAUCCACGAUGAAAACAGAGGGGCAUCCAACUUUACUGACAAUUUAAGAAAAUUCGCAGACAACAACCGAAAUAUACCAGAUUCUUUGAGAGUAAAUUCUAAAUGUGACCUGUGGGCUGUAAAAUAUGAAAGAUGUGCACGUUGCAAAUGCAUAGCUCAUUACUGGAUGUGCAUGGGAAGACGGUGUCCAGAAUUGCAUGAUCCUCAAAAUGCUAGGGGAGCUUACCAAGUCACAGAGGAAGACUUAUUAUAUAUCAAAGAUUGCAAUGAAGGAGACAAACGUCAGUUGGAUGAGUGCACUCAUUGCUUCUGUCAUGGCUGCACGAAGUGGGCGUGUAUAAGAUAUUGUGAAACCAGGGAACCUGAGUUACCACCUACGAUACCGUCUAAACGACCAUCUAUCCCACCAUCUAUCCCACCAUCUAUCCCACCAUCAAUCCCACCAUCUAUCCCACCAUCUAUCCCACCACCUAUCCCACCAUCUAUCCCACCAUCUUGUACGCCAUCUACGCCACCAUGUACAGACCCAUCAACUCCACCAUGUACAGAACAAUCUACGCCACCAUGUACAGACCCAUCAACUCCACCAUGUACUCCACCAUGUACAGACCCAUCUACUCCACCAUGUACUCCUCCAUGUACAAAAUCACCUAAGAAACCAUCUACGAAACCAACUCCUAAACCAUGUACUCCACCAUGUACAAAAUCACCUAAGAAACCAUCUACUAAACCAACUACUAAACCAUCUAGGACACCAUGUCAUAUAUGUAAGAACCCAAUGAAGCUACCCCCAGAGUAUGAUGAAAAUGGAAAUCCUGUAUUUUUACGUAAGAUUUUUUUAUCCGACUGCUAAGAAAGAAGGGGUUUUUCUGCAAUUAUAUUUUUGCAGUACCUUAGUCGUGGUGGCCUAGUGGGUAAAGAAUCAACCUUUCGAGUAUGAGGGUGUAUGUUCGAUUCCAGGGUCAGGCAAGUACCAAUGCAACUUUUCUAAGUUUGUAUGUACUUU